UCCUCAAACCACAUUCUCAGGCCAAUACAUUGUUGAAAACGAAAAGUCUGUUAGAACUACGUGUAUUAUUGACCAUGGAUAGAUCAAUUUCAAAGGCUUCCCAUCACCUUAACCGUAGGUAAGUGGAUUUAACUGCACUUACAAGUUUUCGGAAUAAAAACGAGGGUAAAAUUUACUGAUUUCCUUUACUACUAUCUCAACCAUGGGACGCGUAAUGUCUAUUAUUUUGUGCUCAGUUUUAGUGUUUCAGUUUUAAUUUAAAUAAUCUGUGUUAAAAUUUAUGUCAAUUGUCAAAAUCGAGAGAGUGUUUACUUAUUUUUGUAAAUAUAUGUGGUUUUAGAAUAAAAGGAAAUAAAUUUUCAUAAAUAUGGAUGCGUUCAUGGACUACUAUUUCGAGGAAGUCUUCUGUAAUUUCGAUCGCGACAGUUUGAAUGAACGGUACAAAAGGCGGGAACUUGUCGAAUAUUUUAAUUCAGUUAUAUCUGGAUGUGCAAAAGGACAAAAUGAGUCGGACAACGUGACAUGCAAGCACUUCGUGACGUCCGCCUUGAGAUACCAUAACAAUUGCAAAUCUAAAAAUGGAGAUGUGUGUUUGAUGGGGAAGUAUCACAACUUACUGUACAUUGCAAUGAAACUCUCAUUUGACUGGAGUCUCCAGGACAACGGUGUGGUCGCAGCUUUAUUAGAUGAACUGUACGCUUGCGAAGGAACUUUCGAAAGGAUAUUUUUAGGAGCAAUAUUCGGUACAUCAGCACCUUAUUUCUUGGCCGGUUGGAAAUCAGACUUUAUGGACAGAGAGGAAAAUGUAUCGGCUUUAGUAUUCUUCCUAGAUCACGCGACUAAUGCUAAUUUAGAGUUUAAAGAAGGGAAUAAAUCAUAUCGUUUUAUAGACGUCCCUUUAGAAAGCUGUGGAAAAGCCUCACCCGUUAGAGUGGUCAUACAAAUGGGCGCUGCUGAAAUAUUGAUGAUUUUACUACGUUUCGGUGCAAGAAUUACUUCCGAUCAUGUUUCAACUAACCCUAUAGAAUCAAUCUUAGAUAGAUUGAAGGAAUAUAAUAGAAAAUAUCCAUACGAAUUAGUGACUUGUUUGAAAUUAGCAUUGAGAGCUGUACCUAGGUUGCAUUUAACAGUCGAUAAAGGAGUUUUUAAACAUUUAGAAUUACCUGAUGAUUAUAAUUAUGAUCGUAAAAUCGCAUUGGAAAAAUAUAAUGAAAUUUUAGAGGACCAUUUGUUACCUAGCUCUAGAUGUGGGUUAAGACCUGUCGAGUUAAAACAUUUAUGCAGAUGUUUAAUACGACAGAUGCUGUGGACGAAUUUCGAACUACCCUUUGGUAUACACAAGUUGCCUAUACCGAUGGCUUUGAAGAAGUAUUUGGAUUUACUAGACGAUUAAUUUGGUAAAAUGUUUACUACAAGAAUAAAAUUGAAUUAAAUAUAAAAACCUUUUGCUGCAGGUAUAAUAUUAUUGCAAUAAUACGUUUAUGGUAUUAAGGAUACUAACAAUAUAUUUUGAUAUUAAAUAAUUGU